ACUUGUAGCAAAUAUCAUCUGAUUUUGAGUUGCAGCGUAGAGUAUAAAUUUAGCUAACGUCGGCAAGCUCUCUCGUGUUUUUAGUAACGAGCCUAUUAUUUUUAGAAUAUUUUUUUUUGGAGUGCAACAUCUUGAUAAAGCUAUGUCGUAGUUUACAAGGCGUUAAACAUCUUGCAGUCGUUAAUUUAUGUAACACCUUGUGCGAUUGCUGCACCUUUUCACUGAGUUUAGCGUCAAAAUAUUAAGCUGUUACCCAUGAUGAACAGCAGUGGACCAGCGUAUACCCUUGCCUCUUUAUAUGUAGGGGACCUGCAUCCUGAUGUUACUGAGGCUAUGCUCUAUCAGAAAUUUUCCCCUGCUGGGCCGAUCAUGUCAAUUCGUGUGUGCAGAGACAUUAUCACCCGCAGAUCUCUGGGAUAUGCCUACAUAAACUUCCAGCAACCAGCUGAUGCGGAGUGUGCUCUGGAUACAAUGAACUACGACAUUCUCAAGGGUCGGCCAAUCCGAAUAAUGUGGUCUCAGCGAGACCCUGGGCUCAGGAAGUCUGGUGUGGGUAACAUCUUUAUCAAGAACAUGGAUGAGUCUAUUGACAACAAGGCACUAUAUGAUACCUUCUCAGUCUUUGGCAGUAUUUUAUCCUGCAAGGUUGUUUGUGACGAGAGAGGAUCCAAAGGCUAUGGCUUUGUUCACUUUGAGACUCAGGAAGCUGCAAACCGGGCCAUUGAAACCAUGAAUGGGAUGCUGCUGAAUGACAGGAAAGUUCAAAAGACAGCUAGACAUCAGUUGGAAUCUGUCUUUGUCAACCCAAAGGCCCAUUUCCUGGGAGAAAAAUGUCAGUUGUUCCUGCGUAGUUUUGUUGGCAACUUCAAGUCCCGCAAGGAAAGAGAGGUUGAGUUUGGCACCAAAGCGAUGAAGUUCACCAAUGUCUACAUCAAAAACUUUGGUGAAGACUACUCUGAUGAGAAACUAAAGGAAGUCUUCUCUGCAUUUGGGAGGACUCUUAGUGUGCGGGUGAUGAAGGACGAGAGGGGGCACUCACGAGGAUUUGGCUUUGUGAACUAUGCCAACCAUGAGGAUGCUCAGAAGGCAGUUGAAGAAAUGAAUGGAAAGGAGAUCAAUGGGAAAGUCAUUUAUGUCGGCCGCGCUCAGAAGCGUCUGGAACGCCAGGGGGAGCUCAAACGCAAGUUUGACCAGAUCAAACAGGACCGCAUCCAACGCUAUCAGGGGGUGAAUCUGUAUGUGAAGAAUCUGGAUGACGGCAUAGAUGACGAGAGACUCCGGAAGGAGUUUGCCCCUUAUGGCACGAUCACAAGUGCCAAGGUGAUGACCGAUGGUUCCCAAAGCAAGGGCUUUGGCUUUGUUUGUUUCUCUUCACCUGAGGAAGCAACAAAAGCAGUAACUGAAAUGAACGGGAGAAUUGUUGCAACCAAGCCGCUGUAUGUGGCUCUGGCUCAGCGGAGAGAGGAGCGUAAAGCCAUCCUUACCAACAAAUACAUGCAGAGACUUGCUACCCUGAGGACCAUGACCAGUUCCAUCAUUGACUCGUACCAGCAGGCUGGAUACUACAUGAGUGUACCACAGCCUCCCACACGCUCCUUCUACAACCACAGUGCCAUCAGCAACAUGAGACCGGUACCUUCUUGGACAGGACAGCCACUGAGAACACAGGGCCCCUACUCAACCCACUUUGUUGGUAAUUCUGUUUCGCGACGUGGAUCGGCAACAAUCGCUACAGUCAGACAGGCUUCCACCCAGGCUCCACGUAUUGUCAAUUCUGCACAGAAGACAAAUAACAUUGGAACCCAGACUGUUGGAGGACGUACUGACAUGCCUGUUGUAGCCAGAAGCAGCCAGUACAGGUACUCUCCUGCAGUGAGGAACCCUCAGCAGGUUGUUUCUGUUCCUGCACCCAUGACAAGACUACAGGUUGUUUCUGCUCAUGUGAAGGAUCCACCAGUGAAUGUUCAAGGCCAAGAGCCGCUCACUGCCUCAAUGCUGGCUGCAGCUCCACUCAUGGAUCAGAAACAGCUUCUCGGUGAGCGAUUGUACCCACUAAUUCAUGCCCUUCACCCAAACCUGGCUGGGAAAAUCACUGGAAUGCUGCUGGAGAUCGACAACUCAGAGCUGCUGCACAUGUUGGAGUCACCCGAGUCCCUGCACGCUAAGGUGGAGGAAGCAAUUGCUGUCCUGCAGGCUCACCAGGCAAAGGAACGAUCUAAGAAAUGAGAAGCCCUCUCAGAUGUCAAUGAAGUUCUGGAGGAGGAAAAAAUGUACAGAGUACAGUUUUGAAAAAAAGAAAUGUCCUAUGUAGAUUCCGCUGACAGGAGAAUGAUCUGUGAAGUUAAAAGUAAUUUUGUUGUUAUACAUUUCUGUUAGGAGAUAAAGUACAGUAUAUGCAUUAAA